CUCUGUUGAAUGUGACGUGAUGUGCCUGGAGGCACUCAGUGCUUCCUCGCAAACAUUUCACGCGUAACUUGAGCGGGGAUGCUCCACGCACAUGAGCUCCUGCAACAAGCCGGCCGCCAUGGGAACAGAGAGCGAGAGUAUGCUCCAGUUCGCCGCGGAAGCUUUCCGGGCGAAAAACUUCGACCUGGCCGCGGAUAUUUACGAAUGCCAGCUCGCGGCUUUGGAGGAUGGAGAGAGCCGACAGGAGCUGACCGUGAGGUGGGCGGACGCGCUCGCUUUCGGGGGGAAAUUCGCUGAGGCUUUCGUCGCUUAUCGGCAAGCCGCGGAGAUGGACAGACUGAGACCCGCGCACCUGGACAACCUUGUCGACUACCUGACCUCCAUCACCAGGCUGGACAGCGGCGGCGACCGGGGAGAGGACGCGGAGGCGGCGGGAUGCCCAGCUACAGGUUGCGGGUGCGAAGACUUCUCGUGCCGGAUUUGUCUGAGCUCGCUGUUCGAGCCCGUCACUCUGGCGUGCGGACACUGCUUCUGUAAAAAGUGUCUGGAGAGGGACAAGAACGAGAAGGAGGUGGUGUGCAAGGAGUGCAGGCUCAGCUCCCGAGUGGCAGUCCGCAGCUACAGGGUCAACGUGGUCCUCAGCAACCUGCUGGCCAAAUGGUUCCCGAGGGUGCACCGGGCCGGCCAGCUGCGGUUGGAGGGCAACGGCCUCUACUCGCAGAAGAAGGUGGAAGCGGCUCUGAAGAAAUACAACCAAGCCAUCUUGAUAUCACCCACGGACCACGUUCUGUUCAGUAACCGCUCCCAGAUCCACUCCAGUCUCAAACACUACGAAAAGGCGCUGAGAGAUGCUGAGGUGGCCUGCAGACUCAUGCCUCUGUGGUCCAAGGGUCAUAUUCGUAAGGCACAGGCUCUGAUGUCACUGGGCAGGACUGAGGAAGCCCUGAGAGAAUACCUUCUAUGUCUUUCUAUAGAGCCUGACUGUCGACUGGCCAGGAAUGAAGCGAACAAGCUCCUUAGUGACCUCUUGGCUCCCGUGACAAAUCAGGUGCCUGAACACAUCUGGGAUUUCCCCAACAUCCUGUCCUCUAGGGGGCGCAUGAAGAAGAGCAUCAACGCACCCUCUCAGCUCCUCGGCCUUGUCCCGCCGUCAUCCGAGUCGAGCGAGACUCCCGGUGCUCCUGCGAGCGGGAGGUUGGAUAGCAGUGAGGUCACAGUUCAAGGGGACGAGAAGAUGGACCGCUGUCUUCCAUACAAACGGAAGCGGAGGAUGAUAAAGGAGGAGUGGGAGGAGGAGCCGGGAGCAGAGGGGAAAAGUGAUGCCAAAAAAAGAUUGAAGUCUGAGUCGGCGGAGACAAACGAUUUGUUCAGUUCUGCACUUGGGGACCAUUUGGACCCAACAGAUCUGGAAUGUUCUCUUUGCAUGAGAUUGUUGUACGAGCCGGUGACGACGCCUUGCGGUCACACCUUCUGUCUCCAGUGUCUCAAGAGAUGUCUGGACCACAACCCAAAGUGUCCGCUUUGCAAAGAAGAACUGUCCGAAUACCUAGUCCAAAGACAAUACUGCAAGACCACAUUAAUGGAAAACCUCAUCGCCAGGUAUCUUCCGUUUGAGCUCAUGGAAAGACAGAAAAUUCACAACGAGGAGAUGGCUGAGCUCUCCAACCUCCACAAGAAGGUGCCUAUAUUUGUGUGCACCAUGGCCUUCCCCACCGUGCCCUGUCCGCUGCAUAUCUUCGAGCCCUGUUAUCGACUGAUGAUUCGCCGAUGCAUGGAGACGGGAACCAACUGCUUUGGCAUGUGUCUGGGGGACGACCUCAAAGGCUUUGCAGACUACGGGUGCCUGUUGGAGAUUCGUGAUGUGACGUUCUUCUCGGACGGGCGCUCGGUGGUGGACACCAUCGGCAGGCGCAGAUUUAAAGUCAUCCAACACAGCGAGAGGGAUGGCUACAACACAGCUGAUAUUGAGUACCUGGAGGAUGUCAAGGUGGAGGGCUUGGCGGUGGGGGAGCUGCAGUCUUUACAUGACACGGUGUACGACCAGGCCCUUGUUUGGGUCAACUCCCUGAAAACGGAGCAGAAGGAACGCAUUGAAGGCCACUUUGGACCCAUACCCGAGAAAGAUUCCGAACUUCAGGCGAGUCCAAAUGGUCCAUCAUGGUGUUGGUGGUUACUUGCUGUUCUUCCAUUAGAGGGCCGAGCACAGCUGCCUUUCCUUGCCAUCACCUCCCUGAAAGACCGCCUGAGCGGCAUCCGCAAAGUGCUGCUCUUCAUGUCACGCAGCAGACAUCGGGGACACGCCGUGGGCCACAGGUCAUAGUCCCGCCCGGCCGACCCCCACAACCUGCCCCCAAUCACGGACGACCAGUCGACCCGUUGUUCUUCCUUUUGAGACUUUCUCUUGAUGUGAUGGCACCUUCCCCUUUGUAGCGCAAUCCAUAAAAACAAACUCAUUCACGUGACGUUCAACUUCCAUUCGUCCGAGGGCUCUUCACACCUUCUGGAAAACAAACCAUCUCCUCUUUGUUUGAAUCUUCCAAUCUAAAGACGGACUUUUUACAUCUAGAUGGGUACUCUGCUUUCUGAUGAGGAUUAUCGUCUUCCUUUGUAACAUUUUACAUGAUGCUAAUGCGCACAACCUUCCACCUGGCUCCAGGCGCCACCUGGAGGCAUGGAAGUCGAUGUUCGUUGGCCUUUUUUGCAUGGCACUUCUCCUUUUUUAGAGUCAGUCGGCUGUGCUUCUGAUGUGAGGUAAUACACAUAAAAAUACAA